AUGCACCAUUACUCCUGGAUCCCGAAAGGCUGGUUGAGCGCUUAUAUGCAUGCCAGUGAGGAUCCACCAGUACCUCUUCGAGCACCGCCAUAUCAUGCUUGCAGAAAUGUAGCUGCUGUUGCCCAUCAGUUUGAAGCUGCCUCUAACGAUAUUCAUGGCACGGUCAACUUUACUCCGCUUCCCGGAACUUUUCAGCAAGAAUCGGAAAUACCCGGUCAAGGGCGAAAUGACCCCUGUGAAACGGAUUUUAUCCCGAGUGAGAACAGCCCACCCGAAUUCAAAGAAGAAAAGGGGUUCACAAGGCAGUUAUUUGGACUACCUCUAAGCAACCAACGACCAACAGCCGCUUCUGAAGGCACUCAUUUUGUUCAGAAACCUGUAUCACGUGCGGAAAUGGAGAACCCGAGGGAGUUUCAAAUUAAUCAAAUCCGCCGUAGGUUCAGCCCGAAGGAGCGCCAUGACGCUCAUGCCACUCAUCUGACGUUCACUAUGAAGCCAUCGGACCCAGACUUUUCCUACGAUCUUACCGGCCUAGACUGUAUUUUAAGAGUUCCUGCGACCUAUCCAGCCUAUGGUGAACCUUCUCUUGAAGUGAGCAACGGCAGUCUAGAUGCGAGUAAGAGAAAGCUUGUGGAACGAAAGUUCAAGCAAGUGUCGAAAGAUGUCAAGUCUGGUAACCUAUUGUAUUGCAUGAAUGCCCUCGACAGGCAUCUUGCAAAUCUUCUUUCUGCUACUCCCGUUCCGGAUACAUAUGAUCCCCCAUCUGCGGAAAGGUUACGCUCUACUAUGAGUUUCGAAUACAAAACGCCUUCUGAUAACCAGAAAAACAAGAGGGUAGCCAGAGUAUCAGAAAUAGGAGAUCCUCAGAGAAGAAUGAAAGAGGUUGGACAGUUAAAAUCCCGUCUGGGUACACAUCCUUUAUUCCUAGCACAUUCGGACCAGGUCAGUUUUACGAUUGCUAUCAAACCGUUUCAACCGAUGCAGCUCCCAAAGGCCCUCCGCAACAUAAAAAGCAUAAUCUUGAUAGUGCCGUCAAAUUACCCCGGAGAGCCAUGUCGAAUCAAGAUUCCUGACAUUAAUGACAGUUCUGCACGAGUGACAGAACAGGCAUUCUAUCAGCAUUCCAUGGAUAGCCCGGGAAUCAGUCUAACCGCUCAUAUUAACUACCUCGCUGCAAUGAUGCACAAAAUGUCAUACCAAGAACCCAUUGAACAAGAGGUAGAUCUUCAUGAGGAAUUAAGUGCAUUAUCCUUGGAAGAACAGCCUCAUGACAAGUGGUCGCCACCAUCGCCGCUCGUAAAAGCAUCCCAAUUAACUACCGUUGACGCAAAGCCCCAAAACUCGGAAGGCAAAUCACAUAUUCAAGUUAUCCCUAGGCCUCCCGAGUGGGAAUCUCCUGAUGAAACUGACAGUGAAGAAGGUGAUGAUGACACAACUGCUGAAAAUCAUGCGCAUUUUGGGAGUGGCCGCAAGGUUUUAAUAUCGUGCCCGGCACUUGAACUUCAAGGGGUUGAAUUGCUCGAAUUAAAGAGUUUGUCCCUUACUCUUAGAUGUGCCCGGUGCAAGCAUUUACAAGAUAUGAAGAAUAUAAAAAUCGGGGAAGAUGGCCACAGUACCCCUCAUUAUAGGGUUGAAAGCUGUCGAAAAUGUUCAAAUCGACUCAGUGUAGGCUUUCACCGUGAGCUCAUGCAUAACGGAUCGAACCGUGCGGGCACAUUAACACUCGAAGGAUGCAUUCCUUCCGACCUACUUCCAAGCAAUUUCACUCCGACCUGUUCGAAAUGUUCCACCACAUAUCCUGCACCGGGCGUCACAGCCUUCCAAGGAGAUGCUUCCCUGACAUUUUGCCGCGCCUGUCACCAGAAGAUGAGUUUAGUUGCUGCUCAAGAGUGUUUCCGUGUGAUAGGUGUCAUGACGCUUCAUCCGACCAUCCGAACGAACAUGCGAAUCGAAUGA